UCGGCCAGCCUGGAGGAAAGGGUAACGGUGGGAGGCGGGGAGAGGGUUCCUCCUCAGGCAGCUCUGGGCUGGCUUCAGCCCCAUAAAUACCCGCAGGCCCAGAGGGAGGGCCACACAGAGGCAGCCACACACCAUGGGGCGCUGGGAGCCGGUGGUCUUGGGCCUCGCCUGCUGGCUGGCUGUAGCGAGUGCGGCGAAGCUGGGCGCCGUGUACACAGAGGGCGGCUUCGUGGAAGGCGUCAACAAGAAGCUGGGCCUCCUUGGCAACUAUGUCGACAUCUUCAAGGGCAUCCCCUAUGCCGCCGCCCCCAAGCCCCUGGAGAACCCCCAGCGACACCCCGGCUGGCAAGGAACCCUGAAGGCCGAGAACUUCAAGAAGCGAUGCCUGCAGGCCACCAUCACCCAGGACAGCACCUACGGGCAAGAGGACUGCCUCUACCUCAACAUCUGGGUCCCCCAGGGCAAGAAGGAAGUCUCCCGCAACCUGCCCGUCAUGAUCUGGAUCUACGGAGGUGCCUUCCUCAUGGGGUCCAGCCACGGGGCCAACUUUCUCAGCAACUACCUGUACGACGGGAAGGAGAUCGCCACUCGGGGCAACGUCAUCGUGGUCACUUUCAACUAUCGCGUCGGCCCCCUGGGCUUCCUCAGCACCGGGGACUCCAACCUGCCAGGUAACUAUGGCCUUCGAGAUCAGCACAUGGCCAUCGCUUGGGUGAAGAGGAACAUUGCAGCCUUUGGGGGAGACCCUGACAACAUCACCGUCUUUGGGGAAUCAGCUGGAGGUGCCAGCGCCUCUCUGCAGACCCUCUCUCCCUACAACAAGGGCCUCAUCAAGCGAGCCAUCAGCCAGAGUGGCGUGGCACUGUGCCCCUGGGCCAUCCAGAAGAACCCCCUCUUCUGGGCCAAAAGGAUCGCAGAGAAGGUGGGCUGCCCCUUGAACGAUACUGGCAGGAUGGCCAGGUGUCUGAAGGUCACCGACCCCCGUGCCCUGACAUUGGCCUAUAAGAUGCCCCUGGCAGGCAUGCAGUACCCCAUGCUGCACUAUCUGGGCUUCCUCCCUGUCAUCGAUGGAGACUUCAUCCCCAGUGACCCCGUCAACCUGUACGCCAAUGCUGCCGACAUCGACUACAUAGCAGGCACCAACGACAUGGACGGCCACAUCUUUGCCAGCGUCGAGAUGCCAGCCAUCGACAAGGACAAACAGGCCAUCACAGAGGAGGACUUCUACAAGCUGGUCAGCGGGCUCACCAUCACCAAGGGGCCCAGAGGUGCCAACGCCACCUUUGACAUCUACACCAAGCCCUGGGCCCAAGACUCGUCCCAGGAGACCAAGAAGAAGACCGUGGUGCACUUUGAGACCGACGUCCUCUUCCUGAUGCCCACGGAGAGCGCCGUGACCCAGCACAAGACCAAGGCCAAGAGCGCCAAGACCUACACCUACCUAUUCUCCCACCCGUCUCGGAUGCCCUUCUACCCCAGCUGGGUGGGGGCUGACCAUGCAGACGACCUCCAGUACGUCUUCGGGAAGCCCUUCGCCACCCCGCUGGGCUACCGGUCCCAAGACAGGACUGUCUCCAAGGCCAUGAUCGCCUACUGGACCAACUUUGCCAGAACUGGGGACCCUAACAUGGGCCACUCGGCUGUGCCCACGCACUGGUAUCCCUACACCCUGGAAAACGGCAACUACCUGGAAAUCAAUAAGAAGAUGGAUGGCAGCUCCAUGAAGCAGCACCUAAGGAACAAUUACCUGCAGUACUGGACCGUGACCUAUCGGGCACUGCCCACGGAGACCGGCGAGGGGGCCACCCCUGCGCCCCCAGCGGGCGACUCUGAGGCCACCCCCGCGCCCCCCGCGCCCACCGUGGGCGACUCUGAGGCCACCCCCGCGCCCCCCGCGCCCACCGUGGGCGACUCUGAGGCCACCCCCACGCCCCCCGCGGGCGACUCUGAGGUGGCUCAGAUGCCCAUAGUCAUCGGCUUCUAAUGUCCUUGGCCUCCAGAGGCCACAGGGUGGGACCCCAGGGCCCACCUUCCCUCCCAAGGUCUUCCUGAAUAAAGCCUCAUCCCUCUCUGU